CGCUCCAACUCUCUCUCUCUCUCGCACUGCCAUUCUCCUCGACGCUGAACCCGCCCUUCAAUGAUGGAGGCCAAGCUGCUGCAGGCCGCGUCUCCCGCGAUUGCGGCCCCUCCUCGGUCCUCCUCCUCCUCCUCCUGCAGGCCCCCGAGGCUCGAUCGCGGCGCCUUCCUCCUCCCCGCGGGGCUCGGUCCCGGCUCGCGGCGGCGGCGGCGGGCGGGCAUCUCGUGCGCCCACGCCUCCGCCACUCCUGCUGGAUUCUCGCUGAAGAAAAGGAUAGACAGGAGCGAGAGCUUGACGCUGGAGGGUAUAAGACAUUCUUUAAUUCGGCAAGAGGACAGCAUAAUAUUUGGCCUUCUUGAGAGAUCUCAAUAUUGUUACAAUGCUGAAACAUACAACCCUCAUGCAUUCCCAAUGGAUGGUUUUGAUGGUUCUUUGGUUGAGUUUAUGUUGAAGGAAACUGAAAAGCUUCACGGUCAGGUUGGUAGAUACAAAAGCCCUGAUGAGCAUCCUUUCUUCCCAAAUGACUUGCCCAACCCAAUGUUGCCACCGCUGCAGUACCCACAGGUACUACAUCCGUUUGCAGAUUCAAUCAACAUAAACGGUAAGGUUUGGCAAAUGUACUUCAGAGAUCUGCUUCCAAGAUUGGUUAGUGAAGGAGAUGAUGGCAACUAUGGUUCAUCAGCUGUUUGUGACACAAUAUGCCUGCAGGCUCUCUCAAAGAGAAUACACUAUGGUAAGUAUGUGGCCGAGGCAAAAUUCCUAGCUGCCCCUGAUGACUAUAGAGCUGCCAUUAUAGCCCAAGACAGUGACAGGCUCAUGGAUAUGUUGACAUAUCCAGCCGUCGAAGAGACAGUCAAGAAGCGAGUAGAAAUAAAGGCUAAAACCUUCGGGCAGGAGGUAAUUGUGGAUGUUAAAGGAGAUGAAGCUGACCCAGCAUAUAAGAUCGAACCAAGCUUAAUAGCAGAUCUGUAUGGCGACUGGAUUAUGCCGUUGACAAAGGAGGUUCAAGUGGAGUAUUUGUUGAGGAGAUUGGAUUAAUCGGAGCAAGAGCUUCCUCAGCUAUAUAUCGAAAAUAAAACACUAACUUUGGUCAACACAGGCAUACCAUUGUUGGGUUUGGGAACUAUGUAUGUAAAGUAGGAGGAUAUCAGAAAGAUGUCUUGGGAAUAUAAGAAAGACAGCAGCUCAUUUUAGAACUGAAACGCACAUAUAUCAGACCGUUGGGUGUUUCAGAAUAGCAGAGAGGUAUAUGCUUUCCGGUCUUUGCUUAAUUCUCCCUCGAUGUCGAAGGAAAUGUGAAACCUUGUUCGCCUUCGGUCGUCUGCUCUUAUUUUUUAUGCUAGAACAGAACUAAAGUUUGUUAUUCCCUCCUCGAGAUUGGAUUUCGAUAAUGGAAGGGGGGAAAUGCCAAUAUUGUUUGGUUGA